CAUUGACAUGGUUAGAUUCAAGAACCGUUGGGUAUUAUUUCAAAUUGCAGAAGAUCCUGUUAUUGAAAAUGGUGUAGUCGUCUACAACAAAACCCAAUUCGAAGUUAAUGACUACAUGAUCAGUAAAAGCAUAUUUAAAGCUGUGGAGUUAAAUCAUGGUGCAUUUGGAAAAGGACAAGGCAGUGUGACAGUGAAAUGGUAUAACUCAACAACAAGAAUCGGUAUACUUCGAAUUCCAAGAGAUUACACAGACAUUUUUUUAGCUUCCAUGUUCUACAUUAAACAAAUCGAAACAACACCGUGCAGUUUACAUAUAUUACACGUUUCCGGUACAGUGAUUUUUAUUCAACAAAAGGCCAUUGAAUGGGAUAGAAAAUUUUAUAUCAAAGAACAACAGGAGGCAGACAAACGAGGCCAAAGUUAUAGUUCGAACGAUAAAAUUGAAGAGUCGAAAAAGACACUCGCAGCCUUAUCAUAGAUGUCUUUAUAUAAAUAAAUAAGUCUGUAAAUAUCAUGCACUUUGAGGGGCGUCUACUUCUCAUGCGCACUUCUCUUACGCUGUAGUUGUAGAACAUAAUGUGCCUGUGGAUCAUCUGUACAAACACCACCUCAGUUUAAAAUUACGAGGCACGUUAUUAUUAUAAACCCAGUUGACCACAUGAAGACCACGACUAUCGGUUCGUGUUUUCCAAGCUUUUUGGAUAUUCGUAUACACGAUUAUGAUGCAUAUCAUAAAUGUACUACAGCCCGUUAUCAGUGAUCUGAAGGAUUUCUUGGCAGGUAAUUAAAAAUUCCCAUCGUUAUGUAGUUGGAAUUGUCUGGGUUAGUAAAUCGACAUCUAUUGAGUUAGCAAUUAGAACAAUUUGACUAUGCACAGGAGCUAUGAUUAAAUUUGGCCGAAAAGAUGUUGUGAAAGAUGUAAUACUAAUAAAAGUAAUAAAUGUACUAGUAAGAGCUGUAGAAACAAUUUUAGCGGAC